AUGAUCGACCUCGGCCUUGCCCGCAUCGGACGGCUACUGCAGCACGCACCGCCACCGGCGUGGAAAGCCGUCCACGUUGCCGGCACCAACGGCAAGGGCUCUGUCUGCGCGUACCUGUCGGCGAUGUUCCAUGCGCGCGGUGUGCCCUCGGCGCGGUUCACGUCGCCGCAUUUUGUCGACCGCUGGGAUUGCGUCGUCGUUGACGAGCGCGUGGUGCCCGAGGCCACCUUCCACAGUGCCGAAGUGGCUGUCCUCCAACGCGACCGAGCGGAGCAGAUUGGCGCCACCGAGUUUGAGCUGCUGACAGCAACGGCCUUUGAGGUGUUCAACACGGUCCUGCCAAGCGGCGGAUUCGGCGUCGUGGAGUGUGGUCUUGGCGGCAGCCUCGACGCUACAACGGCCAUGCGUGCAGAGCGCGCCGUCACGAUCGUCACACGCAUCGGCCUCGACCACCAAGGACUGCUAGGCAGCACCACAGCGGCUAUCGCGGCGCACAAGGCGGGCAUCAUGCAACCAGGCGUGCCUUGCGUCGUGGACCCGGCCAACCGCGACGACCACGCCGUGCGGGACGUGCUGGAAGCACAGGCCAAGGCAGUCGGCGCACCGCUCGUGUACCCGGACCCGUUGUUGCUCCUGCGAGGCGGACACAGCGCCAACGCCAGUGGGGGGUUGGCGCGUCCCGUGGCCCGGCUGGGACUUGAACCGCACCAGCUGACCAACUUGGCAUGCGCUUAUGCUGCGUUCCAGAUUGCCACGGGCCAGAUAGGCAGUAAAGACGGUAAUGUUGGUGGUGCAGACGCAACGGCCGAUACCGAAACGGAACCUGACACGGAGUUUCUUGCGUCUAUUGCACAACAGCUGCGCUGGCCCGGUCGGCUGCAGACGCUCGAUGUUGCCCCCAUACUAAAGGCGAAAGGCAGUGCCGAUGACGACCAUAUGCCAGACAAGGUCCCAGUCCUCCUCGACGGCGCACACAACCCGCAGUCCGCCGAUGCCCUGGCAGCCUACGUCGACAAGCACCUGCGCGGGGGUCACAACAGCGGCCCCAUCACCUGGAUUCUUGCCGCCUCGCAGGGCAAGGACCUUGACGAGAUCCUGCGGCCACUGUUACGGGCAGGUGACCGCGUGGCGGCCGUCACAUUCGGCCCUGUGGAUGGUAUGCCAUGGGUGAAGCCGGCGGCACCCAGUGCCAUUCUAAAGCGCGCAACAGAGCUGGGUGUGAACGCAGAGACGGACCAGCACCACACCACCCAGUCUGUAAUCGAGGAGGGCAGCAUCGUUCAUGAUCCUAGCAGUCUCGUAUCAGCGCUCCGCUGGGCGACGGCCGACGGUGGUCACGGCUACCCGAUUGUGAUUGCCGGCAGUCUCUACCUUGUAUCGGAUACACUCCGUCUCCUGCGCCAGUCAGGCGGCGAAACCGGGCUGCCAUGA